AUCAGCCGAAUCUUCCGUACUAGCAAAGAUGCUCUGUAGUCAACUGGAGCGGCUUAUGUUGUGCAGCAACCAGCGAUAGUUUUGGACGAUAGGAGCAGAGCGAACGGUUUGUUUUCAUCGUUAACCGGUGAACGGGAGCUGCUCUUUGUUCGUCUUCGAACAAACUGUCGUUUUUUGCAUAUCCAGCGGAGGGUUAAGUUAAGUGUUUUCAUGUUGUGCAAUUUACAGUGUUUGCGUGAAGACUCCCUAACUGGCGGAUCGCAUCAGUUCGCCCGGAGGGUCAUCGUCAGCGACGACACCCUCUGCUCAGUUAGCGUCAGCUGUUUAGAAAAUGACCGGAGAGAAGAUCCGCUCCCUGCGCAAGGACCACAGGCCGAGCAAGGACCAGGAUUUACUGGAGCCGGACGAGGAGGCUGCAACCGGGACGUUCACCGCCUCCAAGACGAACAACAAGAGCAGAGCGAGUAAAAUCUUCAGUAAUCACAAGUUAAACAAGUCUUCGUCCACGCAGCAGCAGAACCAACAGUCGCAGAUUAAUGCUAACACCAACACGCUGUCAACGUCGGAUGUCAUCGAUGACAACAACAAAAACCCCAUUAUCCGAACCGCGCAAGACUUUCCGGUGCAUGAAUGUGUCUUUAAAGGAGAUGUCCGACGCCUGUCUUCCCUCAUACGGACGCAGAAUAUCGCCCAGAAAGACGUCCAUGGAAACACGCCGUUGCACCUCGCUGUCAUGAUGGGGCACAAAGGUGAGUAAUGUGUAAUGAAUGCAUCUCCAUGUUGUUUAUUUUUGUCUCUCUCUGUAGCUUUCUAAAUGAUUCUGUCUGCCGGUCUGUAUGUCUUUUGUU